UGGGGCAAGAUGGCGGCGGGUGGCGGAGCUGAGGCGGCCGCGGCCGAGGAGGAGCUGCGCGAGGCGGGAGACUCGGAGGACGACGGCGGGGAGAAGGCCGAGGAGACCUCGGAGGAGUCCUCGGGCGAGGAUGAGGAAAAGGAGAACGAGGCCGAGAUCCAGCGCCUGGAGGAGCAGCUGUCCAUCAACGCAUUUGACUAUAACUGUCACCUGGACCUGAUAAAAUUGUUGCGCCAGGAAGGAGAGCUGGUGAAACUUCAAAGAGCCCGCCAGAAGAUGAGCGAACUCUUUCCUCUCACUGAAGAGAUCUGGCUAGAUUGGCUGAAGGAUGAGAUUCGAAUGGCAUCAGAUGACUCAGAGCGGGAGAAAGUCUAUGAUCUCUUUGAGAGGGCUGUGAAAGACUACAUCUGUCCUGAAAUCUGGCUCGAGUACGCCCAGUACUCAAUUGGUGGCAUCGGCCAGGAGGGAGGCAUCGAGAAAGUUCGCGCCAUAUUUGAAAGGGCGCUGACGGCCGUUGGUCUUCACGUGACGAAGGGAUCUGCCAUCUGGGAGGCCUUCCGAGAGUUCGAAAAUGCCAUUCUGGAAACAGUGCAGCCGGCAGCUGGCAGCGUUCCGUCCCCCGAGCAGCAGCAGACCACCGGCGCGCAGCUCGAAAAGAUCCACGCACUCUUCAGGCGCCAGCUGGGGAUUCCGCUGCUGGACAUGGAGACCACUUAUGCCGAAUACGAAGAAUGGUCCGAGGAGCCGAUCCCAGAAGCGGUCGUCAAGAACUACAAGAGGGCUUUGCAGCAGUUGCAGAAGUGCAAACCCUACGAAGAAGCUCUGCUGGUUGCCGAGACACCAAAGCUGGCAGAAUAUCAAGCCUAUAUUGACUUUGAGAUGAAGGGCGGGGACCCGGCUCGCAUCCAGCUGAUUUAUGAGCGAGCCCUGGCAGAGAACUGCCUCGUGCCAGACCUCUGGGCUCAGUACACUCAGUAUCUGGACAGACAGCUGAAGGUGAAAGAGCUGGUGCUUUCUGCGCAUGAGCGGGCGGUCAGGAAUUGUCCCUGGACUGUCAAGCUGUGGAAGCAGUACCUGCUGGCUACAGAGAGGCAUGAAGUACAGCAUCAGCUCAUUUCUGAAAAUUUCCAAAAGGCUUUAAACGCUGGCUUCAUCCAAGCUACUGACUAUGUGGAAAUCUGGCAGGCAUACCUGGACUAUCUGCGAAGACGGGUGGAUUUUACUCAAGACUCCAGUAAAGAGCUGGAAGAUCUGAGGUCAGCGUUUGCCCAUGCUGUGGAAUACCUGAAGCAAGAAGUGGAAGAACGGUUUAGCGAGAGCGGGGACCCUUCAUGUAUCAUAAUGCAGACCUGGGCAAGGAUUGAGGCCCGCCUGUGUCACAACAUGCAGAAGGCACGAGAGCUCUGGGACAGCAUCAUGACGAAAGGGAACGCCAAGUAUGCCAACAUGUGGCUGGAGUACUACAACUUGGAGCGGGCACAUGGCGAUACACAGCACUGCAGAAAGGCCUUGCAUCGGGCUGUGCAGUGCACGACCGACUACCCGGAGCAUGUCUGUGAAGUGCUGCUUACGCUAGAAAGAAUUGAAGGCACGUUAGAAGACUGGGACGCCGCCGUUCAGAAGAUCGAGAACCGGCUAGCGCGAGUGAAUGAGCAGCGGGCCAAGGCUGCGGGAAAGGAGGCGGCCCUCGCCAGACAGGAAUCUGAGAGAGCCGAGCAGCGGAAGCAGUCCCGGGCGGAGAAAAGAGCGGCCAAAAAGUCCAAGAAGCCCAAGGCCGGGGACAAGCGCAAAGUGGAUGAAGACGGUGACGGGGACUGGGGGCAGGAGGAGGAAGCAGAGCAGCCCAGCAAGCGGCAGAAGGGAGGCGGAGACGUGCCGGACGAGGAGGAGGAAGUAAUGGAGACGGAAACGGGGCUCUUUGGACGAGACGCACCCGGGAAAGGAGAUCCGAAUUCCAAAGAGGCGGCGGCAGGUUCCAGAUGGAAAGAACCCCCCAAAAUCCUCCACAACAGUGAGAAGGAGAACGUCACGGUCUUUGUCAGCAACCUCUCCUACAGCAUGGCGGAGCCGGAGGUGAAGCUGCAAGAGCUCUUUGAGAGCUGCGGGGAGGUGGGCGAAAUCCGCCCCAUCUUUAACAACAAGGGGACUUUCCGGGGCUACUGCUACGUCGAGUUCAAGGACGAGAAGGCAGCUUUGCAGGCCCUCAGCCUGGACCGCAGGAUCGUCGAAGGGCGGCCGAUGUUUGUGUCUCCAUGCGUGGACAAGGCCAAGAACCCGGAUUUCAAGGUGUUCAAGUACAGCACUGCUCUGGAGAAACACAAGCUCUUCAUAUCCGGCCUGCCCUUCUCCUGUACGAAAGAGGAGCUGGAGGAAGCAUGUAAGGCCCACGGGAACGUGAAGGAGAUCCGGCUGGUUACCAACCGAGCAGGGAAACCCAAGGGUCUGGCCUAUGUGGAGUUUGAGAAUGAGACGCAGGCCUCCCAGGCGGUGCUGAAGAUGGAUGGCCUGACCAUCAAGGACCACGUCAUUAAGGUGGCCAUCAGCAACCCACCUACCCGAAGAUUCCAGGAGAGGUCCGAGGCUGCGGGGAGAGGGCCUCAGGCACCGUUUCCACGGCAGAUCUAUGGCAGCCGCGGGAAAGGAAGGACCCAGCUCUCGAUGGUCCCCCGUGCUUUGCAGCGCCAGAGCAAUCCCACCGCCAAGGCGGCCAACGGAGUGGCCCAGGACCCACCUGCGAUCCCAGCCCUUCCCACAGAGGAGCCCAAAAAGAUGUCUAAUGCGGACUUUGCCCGGAUGCUUCUGAACAAAUGAGUCGCCCUGGGCAGGGGGGGCGUGGAGCCCCGGGAAGUCACCACCCCCACGCUUGUUCUCCUCUGGACUCCCGCACCUGCCAAGCUCAGCACAGCGUGAAGCUGUUGAAAUUUGAGAGGAAGGCAUGGGGUGUGCGUUGGGUGUCAUGGUUGUGGGGGGGGGGAGGCAGAAUCUGGUCAAAUGGCUUUAAAUCUUAAAAGUGCUCCCUCAUAUUGAGGGGUAAUGUGGAAAGAACUCACAUUGGAGCUUGGGUUAUAAUAGAGUGUUUAAUCGAGGGCCUUUGUUCUUCAACGAUCUUCUUGACAGAAGAAGAAUUUCACAUGAAAGCUUAUUGCUGUGACUCGCAGAAUCCCACCACAACCACAGAUCCGGCGGGUGGCAGUUGGCCACACAGUACAGUUUGGGUUGGAUCCCGUGGAUCUGUCCUGCCAACGUUGGUGGCUUCUUCUGGCAAAAGGAGAUCCCCCCGGGGAUAGGGUAAUGCUUCUUGUGCUGGAGGAAGAGCACUUAUGUUUUAGCAGAAUUAAUUAGCAGGAUCCAGCCCUUUACACACAGACCCAGGCCCCCCUCCAAGCCGUGGCUGUAUCCACCUCCUGUCUAAAGUUGUUAUAAAUAGUGUAACCACAAUGGCCUAUUUUAGUACUGGGGUGCCGGAACUGGCGUUUGUAAUGAAACGGGAUUGAUGAUUUACCGAAGUUGGUAUGUUUUUUUUAUAUAUCUAUAUAAUAUAUAUAUAUAUAUAUAGUGUUAUUUUUAAAUGACAUGCCAGUUAUUUUUAAGCGUUGUUCAACACAAUCCUUGGGAAAUCUCCAAGCUCGGCUGUCCCGCUUUAGUAGACCAUUCAGUGUUUUGUUUUGUGAGCAUCUGUACUUAAAAAAAAAAAAAAAAUCUUGGCCGUUUAAUUUUCUGAAUUUUAUUUUCUGGCCUGUUCAGUUUUUUUUUGUUUUGUAGAUAAUGUGAAGCGUGAACAUCCCUUCUUCCUUGGGUUCAUUAAAGUAUAGUUCUC